GGACAUUCCAGCUACAUCACGCACUUGGAUUGGUCACCUGACAACAACUUCAUCAUGUCCAACUCUGGAGACUACGAGAUCCUCUACUGGAACGUUCCAAAUGGUUGUAAACUUAUCACAAAGCCUUCAGAGUGUAAAGACAUCGACUGGGCAACUUACACCUGCGUACUGGGAUACCACGUGUUCGGUGUGUGGCCCGAUGGUUCUGACGGCACCGACAUCAAUGCUCUGAUCAGAUCUCACAACAGGAAGGUGAUCGCUCUGGCUGACGACUUCUGUAAAGUUCACCUCUUCACCUACCCGUGCUCCAAACCCAAGGCUCCCAGCCACAAGUACAGCGCCCACAGCAGUCAUGUGACCAACGUCAGCUUCCUGUACAGAGACAGUCACCUGAUCUCGACGGGAGGGAAGGACACCAGCAUCAUGCAGUGGCGUCUGGUGGAGAAAGCCUCGCUGUCCCUCGCCGACGGCCUCCUGUCUAAUUCCGCCCCCCACCGGGCAGACCCCAUCUUCAGCCCGCCCCCUCAAGUCACGGCCGCGACCGCACAGGAACCUUCCCCGCCUCCCCCGACCGCCAACGGGACCCAAGACCCCUCCCCAGACACCCCGCCCCCCACAAAGCUAACCCCGCCUAUCUCUGAGUUAACCCCGCCCUGCUCCGUGUCGACUCCGCCCCCCUCCGACAGCACGGUGAGUCUGAAGGACAGCCUGGAGCCGAGCGACGACACGGCCACGCCCAGCGACGAGGGCCUGCCCCCCCUCACCCCCCCCUCAUAAACCGAGUCAGUGUGAGUGUUGGUACAGCUAUCUUUGUGAGGACCCGGCCGACUCUUAGGUUCAGUUUAGGAUCAAGUUCAGGUUUAGUUAAAGAUCAGGUUCAGUCAGGAUCAGGUAGCUGUGCUGGUUGAACGAGAGACAAACACACGUUGGAUCAUUCAGACUUCACUUCCUGUGGACGUCCCGAUCUCUGAUCCAGAAUCUUGAGAGCCUUCGUGUUUCUUGAGUGAUCAGGACAACAGCUGAUUCAGUUUGUCAUGGUCUGGGGGGUCCUCACAAGUAUAGAAGUACAAAUGUGUGUGUGUCAGGACUGGAAGCUGCAGGUUUUAAUAAAAUAAACUUCUUCCUGUUUGAA